UAGCUCCGCGGCUGCCAUAGCGACGGAUACAGAUGUAGAUGCAGUAAGAUGUCGGUGCUAGAAAGCUAAAAAAAACAACAACAACAACAACAAACAAUAAAUAUUUUAUUAGAUUAGUGACAAAACUACGAGUGACCAGCACUUUGUGUAAAAGAUACGUUGAAGUACAUUGGAAGGGGGGAAAAAAAAGGAGAAAACAACCAUGUCGUUCAGGGACUUAAGAAAUUUCACGGAGAUGAUGCGUGCACUAGGAUACCCUCGACUGAUCUCCAUGGAGAACUUCAGGACACCCAAUUUUCCUCUGGUAGCAGAGAUCCUUUUGUGGCUUGUCAAGAGGUUCGAGCCACAGUUGGAGAUCCCCAGUGACAUUGACACAGAGUCGGACAGAGUGUUCUUUAUCAAAGCCGUGGCUCAAUUCAUGGCGACCAAGGCUCAUAUCAAAGUGAACCUGAAGCGUCUGUACCAAGCGGACGGCUACGCUGUGAAAGAGAUGCUGAAAAUCACCAGCGUCCUCUACAAUGCCAUGAAGACGAACGAGACGGGCGGCGACGAGCCCAGCAGCGACGACACCGGCAGCAAAUUCACAUUUACCCUGGCAUCCAAGAUAGCAGAUUUAAAGGCAGUGCGUCAGCUUGGUUCUGAGAUCACAGCAAAGGGGGCAGCUCUGUACGACCUCCUGGGGCGUGAGCAGGACCUGAGAGAGAGCAGGACUGCUGCCAUCGCUAGGCCACUGGAGAUCGUGGAGGUGGAAAGAGCGCUCCGAGCGGCUGUGAAAGAUAUCAUGGAGAGCGUGCAGAAGACCAAGGAGAUGCUGAAUAAUGUGGCAUCUGAUGAGGCGAGUCUGGAGGCCAGAAUAGAGAAGAAAAAACAAGAACUGGAGAGAAACCAGAAGCGCUUACAGACUCUACAGAGCGUUCGGCCGGCAUUCAUGGAGGAGUACGAGAAGAUCGAGGAGGAGCUGCAAAAGCAAUACGAGACAUAUGUGAAGAAAUUCCACAGUCUGUGUGCCUUAGAGCAGCAGCUGGAAGAGUACCACAGGCUGGAACAGGAGCGCUUUGAGGAAAUGGAAAACUCCAUGAAAAUGAUGCAAAACAAGCUACGUGAGGAAGACCGGAGACUCAUGACGAGCGGAGUGCGAGAGGAAGACUCCGACAUUGAGAUCCCAGAAGACGAAGGCACAGACAGUGACAUAGACGAAGAGCGUCCGUCCAAACCGUUCCCCCUUCGCCAUACACAGAUACCAGGCCGGGCUGCCGGACGUCUCGUUGGUAACAUGCAGGGAGGAGACUCCGAUGAACCCAGAGUUAAAGAUACACGGAGGCGCAAGAAACAACAGUCGAACGACAGCGAUAUCGACGACGACGAAGAGGACGACGACGACGAGGGAAACGAAGUCCUCGACGAAGAAAACGACAGUCUGGAAGGCUCCGCCUCCACACGUAACCGACCAACCAGAUCACUGCACCCUCAGAUACUAGAAGAGAGCGACAACGACUUCUAACCAGUACACAAAGGGACGACAGAUCCGACACAAUCACACACUUAUUACGCUUUAUUAUAAAAAGUCUCCAGAAAUGUUUUUAUUUUUUAUUUAAUAUACGUAUAUAAUAUACAAUAAGAAGCAAACGGCACUAAUAAUAAAUAUUAUUUCAUAUCAUUUUGUAUUCAUCGUACACAUUAAAUCGUACGGCUCGCA